AUGAAUCAAUAUAACGGCUGGACAUUUGUCUUACUGUCCUCUCUACUAACGAUUCUGGGGGCUUUGACUGUUUACCUAGACAGUAUCUACAACGCGCUCACCCCAAAAUGGCUCUCUAAGCGUUAUCCAUUACAGAUUACGGGUAACAAUAACUUCCUGACUUGCUCUCUAGCUUUGAGUUCUGGAUGCCUCAUGUUCACAUCGAUGUUCAAGUUGUUGCCCAGCUCGUUAGAAUACUUCCAACAGUAUUUUAAGGACUCCGAGUUGUUUGCAUUAAGGUACACCCUAUUGUUCUAUGUUUUAGGAAUGCUGUUUUGUGGCAUUCUUAACAUGAUCAUCCACUUCCUCACAAGUGACAGUAUUGUUCACUGUGUCCAUGACACUGAAGCUAAUGAUCCAGUUGACGACCAUGGUGCCCACGAUCACCACAAUAAUCACAGCCAUGAUCACAACUCGGAACACCAUGAACAUCAACAUCGACCGAUGGAAAUGCUUUCAAGCCGGAAGUCACUGGUAGAUAUUGCCCUUUCCAAGAUCAAAGAUCAGCCAUUAGACGGUAACUGUCACGGAUAUACCACUGUUGAUCAAUGCAAGAGUGCCGAGCUAGAGCCGCUUUUAUCUAAUUCCUCUGCUAACAACAGCCCAAUAUAUUCUCAAACUGGACAUGAUAUGGAAAACUCAGAUGUGUUUUCCAACUAUGAAGAACAUCACCACCACCAUGUGAACACCCCUACUUCGAAACUUCUUUCGAUCGGCGUGCAAACACUGCUGGCUAUCACGUUACACAAGUUCCCUGAAGGAUUUAUCCUCUACUCCACCUCCAAAGUUAACCCCGAACUGGGUGUAGCCAUCUUCCUAUCCAUGUUCAUCCACAAUUACAUCGAAGGAAUGUCAAUGUGCUUACCACUGUUCUUUGCUUUGGACUCCAGGCUGAAAGCUGUCAGUAUUGUUUCAUUAGUCGGUGGACUAGCACAGCCAUUGGGUGCCUACCUAGGGUACUUAUAUUUCCAGACUCAUACCAUCAACAACCGUACAAACUUUGUGUUUGCAGUUCUAAUUGCUGCAACAAGUGGGUUUUUAACCAUUAUAGGGUUGCAGAUGUUUGCUAGUAGUUUAAGUUUUGGUGGAUCUCAAUUUAAGGUACUUACAUGCUGCACCACAGGUAUUGCACUAAUUUCAUUAGGCUACACAAUGAUAUGA